AUGCCACACCAACUGUGGACCGACACGAUCUCUCGAGUAUGGCGCUCCUCUUCGCAAAGAGUGGGAGUUCCCCAAGCUCCUGGCAAUCUUUCAGAACAAGACGAUAUUCCACAGUCAAAGCGAGAUGCCGCACGGUUAAGAGUAGAAGGGAGGUUAAGCGAGGACAAUAAGCUGAUUGCCAAACGUGGAAGACCAGCUUUGAGUGCGUUCACGGGAAAAGAGAGAGUGUGCCGUAGAGACCGAAGAGAAGGAGUUGAAACAUCAUCGAGCCAUAUGCCCAUGGGUGCUCCUGAUGGCCUCAACACCUUUACAGGGAGGAGUUAUAGCCAAUCAGCAUUACGGAAAGGGAAUGAGAUUUCAAAGGAUGGCAUGAUGAGCUGGACUUCCUCAACGAAGAGAUACACAGCAGGCGCGGGCCGAGAGAGAAGCAAGCGGAGUUUUGGGAGUCACAACAAGAACAGAGGGCGCCUGAAAGUUCGCCUCGGCAUUCAAAUCGCUAAGACGUCGAGGAGAAGGAAAACAGGCCCUGUACAAAGCCACCCGUGCAGCCCACAGCAGCAAGCCGCGCAAUAUCGCUUCGUACAAUUGGGGAACAGGGAUUACAUUGCUGAUCCUCGCCCAGAACUCCAAAUUCAGCGCAAUGUCUCUCUGUCCAGCUGCGAGUCAGGGUUCACCAACGAACUGGAAGUAAGACAGAUGUCAAUAUUUAUGCUGGAACAAGGCCCCUCAGGGGACGUGCCAUACUCGGUUGUAGCCGAGAAUAGCGACGAGGAAACCGCAGAUAUGUCAAGAGAGAUGAUCGGGCCGAGUUGGUUAGUUCGCAUGGCGCAGCCACCGAGGCGUCGUAAAAGCGUCGGCAGGACUGAUCUAACUUUGCGGAUGUCUGCUGCGGAAGAGGAGCCACUGGACGAGCAUUUUUCCGAGGAUAUCGGAGCCUCAUCGAGGGCGAUGACCAAGACUUCACCGUCAUUCAGCGGCGACAGGGUACCUAUGAUCCAAGAGGUUCUGGGCUAG